CGCUCUAUCCACCACUCAAAAAACACGCGACGCCUUCGUCGAGAAAUCGCGGUCGCGUCGCGCCCCCGCGACUUCCACCGCAAAUCGCACGCAAAAAUCCCACUCGCCGCCGCGCCCUGCCAUGGCGCCCGCCUCGCUUCCGCUCUCCUUUCCGCGCGCGGCCGGCGCGCCUCUCCCGCCGCCAGCCAGCCACGGCACCAGCGUCGCCGCGUGCUCGCACCUUGCCGCGCCGUCGCGGGGCACCGGGCGGAGGAGAGGGCCGCGCGUCGCGCUCGCAGCGGCACCGGCCGGGCGCCAGGGCGGCAGGUGGAGGGCGGGCGUGUCGUCCUUCUCCUUCCUCCCGUCGUUCUUCACGGGGAAUAAAGGGGAAAAGGACGCCGAGAAGGCGAUGAGGCUCAAGGAGGAGCUGCUCGCCGCCAUCGCGCCGCUCGACCGCGGCGCCGAGGCCACGCCCGAGGACAAGGAGCGCGUCGAGCAGAUUGUUCAGCAGCUGGAGGCGGUGAACCAGGUGAAGGAGCCGCUCAAGUCCGAUCUCAUCAACGGCAAAUGGGAGCUUCUCUACACCACCUCCACAACCAUACUGCAACCACAGAGGCCAAAGUAUCUGAGGCCAUUUGGGAAGAUUUAUCAAGCAAUCAACGCCGACACUUUGAGAGCCCAAAACAUGGAAACCUGGCCUUACUUUAAUCAGGUUACUGCCAACUUGGUGCCUCUUAAUCCUAGAAGAGUGGCAGUUCAGUUUGAUUACUUCAAGAUAUUUAGUUUGAUCCCAAUCAAAUCACCUGGAAGUGGUAAAGGUGAACUAGAAAUUACUUAUCUUGAUGAAGAGCUCAGGGUUUCAAGAGGAGACAAGGGAAAUUUGUUUGUAUUGAAGAUGGUUGACCCAACAUACAGAGUUCCAUUGUAACAAUGUAAAACGAUAACACCUUUUGCAAUGUAGUUCUUAAAAUAUAUGUCAGUAUAGAUUUAGGUGUCAGCUUUAUGUGUAACAUUACCUGGGGUGACGUAAUGCCUGUAAAUAUUAAAGAUUCUACUUGAUAUGUGGGAAUCCCAUUGGAACCAGUUACAGGGCCCCAUAGUUAAGCAUAGCUGAUAUAGAACAUGCCUCAUGAAAACUAAAAUAUAUCGAUGCUUGGAGAA